AACACAGAGCAAAAUUCAUCAACAACACUUGCAACCGUCAACGCAGCUCACAAAGACUCAGUCACAAGUACGCCUUGUUAGCAAUGGCGUACCGGCAGGCCAUGUCCUACUCCAACACCGUCGACGAGUGCUGCGACGGCGGCCGCACGGCCCCCAUGUACUCCAACAACACCGUCGACGAGUGCUACGACGCCGGCCGCCACGGUCAUGGCCACGGCCACGGGCACGGGCACGGCAUGACCAAGAUGUACUCCAACACCACCGACGAGUGCUUCGACGGCGGCCGGACCAAUAUGUACUCCAACACCACCGACGUCGAGUGCUACGACGCCGGCCACCACGGUCACGGCGGCGGCAGGAGGCCGGCUUACGACGACGGCUGCGGCGGGUACGGCGGCCAGCAGGCCGGCGGGUACUACAGGAAGGAGGAGAAGACCCACAAGAACCGGGAGCGCGUUGGCGAGGUCGGCGCUCUCGCCUCCGGCGCCUUCGCCCUGUAUGAGGGGUAUGAGGCGAAGAAGGACCCGGCGCAUGCGCGGAGGCACGAGAUCGAGGCCGGCGUGGCGGGAGCGGCGGCGCUGGGCGCUGGCGGCUACGCCUACCACGAGCACCGCGAGCAGCUCAGCUACGGCGGCGCCGCCAGGGAGCAGCAGCACAGGGUGCCUUCAUACAACCAGUACUGCAACUAAGCUCAAGAUCAGUUCAUCUCAGCGGUCCAUCCAGUACACAAACCGAUCGACCGGCCGAACACAUAUCGACGAAGAGCAUGCAUGAGCAUAAUAAGAACAUAAAAAAAAUUAUAAGACGUGUACUAUUCCAAUAAGAUUAUAAGAACAUGCUGCAUGCGUCUUGUAUGAUAUGGUCGCUUUUAUGUUGUACUAUAUAGUACUAGUACGUGUGUAUGUGUAUUGGAUUAAUUCCACGAUAUCGGAAAUAAUGAAUAAAAAAUUUAUUAUUAGUAAAA